UCUCUCUCUCUCUCUACACCUCUCAUCGCCAGGGCAGCAGCUACGGGUGUCAUUUCAUGGAUCUAGUUUUUUUUCGUGCGGACGCGGGUUCUCGGUGUGCUGCCGCGGAAGCAUCCAUUUAUUUUUGGCUUCUGACAUUAACGCUCGCCCUUUAGUGCGAUGGCGUCGGUGUCUGACCGCAGCUCUCCGUCCGUCUCCUGGCGCUCCAUGUGCUCGUGAUGGAGAACCGGACCAACGAGCAGUGACCCACUCGGGGCCAGGGUUGUGUCAUUGAAGAGAACAAACUGUUCCCGUCAGCGACCCGCUGUGAGGGGAGAGCUUGUGCAGCCUCGCUGCUCAAUCGGAAUCAAAGCCACCAUGACCAAAGAGGAGGAGGAGGAGGCCCCCGACUGGGUGGGGGCCCAGGAGUUCUACGAAAAGUACGAGACCAAGGAGGUCCUGGGAAGGGGAGUGAGCAGCGUGGUGCGUCGCUGCGUCGACAAGAGGACGUCUCGGGAGUACGCGGUGAAGAUCAUAGACAUCACCUCCUCGGACAAGAUGACCCCGCAGGAGAUCGAGGAGAUCCGAGAGGCCACGGUGAAGGAGAUCGACAUCCUGAAGAUAGUCUGCGGGCGGGACAACAUCAUACAGCUCAAAGACUGCUACGAGUCCCACGCCUUCUACUUCCUGGUUUUUGACCUGAUGAAGAGAGGUGAACUUUUCGACUACCUCACAGAGAAAGUUACUCUGAGUGAGAAAGAAACCCGGAACAUCAUGCGUGCUCUCCUGAAGGUGGUCCAGUUUCUCCACGGCCAAAACAUCGUCCACCGGGACCUGAAGCCCGAGAACAUCCUUUUAGACGACGAGAUGAACAUAAAACUCACCGACUUUGGCUUCGCCGUGCAAAUCCAGCCGGGACAGAGGCUCAAAGAGGUGUGUGGCACUCCUGGUUACCUCGCUCCUGAGAUCAUCGAGUGCUCCAUGGACGCCGCGCACGCAGGAUAUGGUACCGCUGUGGACAUAUGGAGUUCGGGGGUGAUCAUGUACACGCUACUCGCAGGCUCUCCUCCCUUCUGGCACAGGAAACAGAUGAUGAUGCUGCGUAUGAUCUUGUCUGGUAGCUAUGACUUCUCGUCUCCAGAGUGGGAGGACCGCUCGGACACUGUUAAAGACUUGAUCUCCCGGAUGCUCGUGGUGGACCCGAAGCAUCGAUACACAGCUGCAGAUGCCCUCAACCACUCGUUCUUUUCUCAGUAUGUGGUGAAUGAAGUACGGCAGUUCACUCCAUACAGGCGAUUCAGGGUCAUCUGCAAGACUGUUCUCGCAACUAUGCGCAUCUACUGCAACUACCGCCGUGCCAAACCAGUCACCAAAGAGGUGAUCGUGAGCGACCCGUACGCUAUCAAGCCCAUCCGCAAGCUCAUCGACGCCUGUGCGUUCAAGAUCUACGGCCACUGGGUCAAAAAGGGUCAGACUCAGAACAGAGCAGCACUCUUUGAGAACACUCCCAAGGCCAUCCUGCUGUCCAUGGCUGCAGAGGCCGACCAGCCGGUGCACCUCAUCUGGUGAUGGCUGCGGGUUACAGAUCUGCUCUGGUAGCUUUAAACAAAUGACAACAGUACAUUGUUAAUUGAAGUUGGUCUUGAGUCGAGUUUAAAAUGCAGCACUGUUGGGAUAUAUUUGGACGACAACACUGUCUGAAAGAUUGAAGUUACAGAUUAACUGGUAAAAUGGCAGUUAAUAUUUAUUUUCCUAUUAGCCAAAUCUCAACUGCCUUUUGAAUGUAAAUGGACAUCUGAUGCCGAUUUUUCCUUUUUCUAUGGUGCUUAUGAAAUUUAAGUUAUCAACCUUAGCUAAAUGUAGAAAAGGAGAAUACAAAAGACCCAUUCAUGAAAACAUUUACAAGUUUAUUACAAAAGUCUGUACAGCUUUGCCUCAAAGGCAGAUGGUGCUAGUCUUGCUUUCCCUUGUGGACCUGUAGAUUGAAAAAAGAAAAGCAUUUAAGUUAAAAAGAUCACAGCAGAUUGACACUUAUUUGGAUAUUUCAGUCAACAACGGUAGUGCAGAACCUUCAUUUUUCAGAUGUAUUGUACUCAAACCUGCAUAAUCGGAUGAGGCCGAAGGAUGCACUCACCCAGUCAUUUAGCAGAAAUGAGACUAGGCUUUUGCAUGGUGUCUGACUGUAUCCACCACGGACCAGCUGGAACAGAAUUCGUCCAUGCCUCAGUGGCAACUUAUCACCACCGGGAAUAAUUGUGUUGCAUGUCAGGGUAGCGCGUGUGUGUGUGCGCGAGCAAACCUACCGUCCCUGGGACUUUUCGUUGUAGCAAUUUAGUGCACUACUGCACUUAAUUACCUUACAUUAAUCCAUAUGCUGGCGACUGCUGUAACAAAAGCAACAAGAUCCAUUACUUGCGUAAUGUUUCCACAUCAAUGAUAAUGCUUAUGGUAAAAUAUUUAAAUGUAUUCCUAAUCAAUAAUUGCAGCCGUAUGAAACCAUAUUUAAUAUGUCAUUCUGUAUUCACUAUGACAUUAGAACGAGGCACAUAAUCUGCACUUAUUCUGUUGAGUCAGUAUGUGAAAACAAUAAUUUUGCAUAGUGUCUGACUGUAUUUACCAUUUCAAGAGUAAACCAGAAUUCGGCCAUGCUUUCAAAUACAGUUUAUCGGGAUGUAUGAGUUACCUCUCAGUGCUUUGUCGCAUACGGAUCAACAAUCCAAUUUUUUAGACAAGGCAUCUGUAGAGAGAUCAGUAACAGAAGGUUGUUUAUUUCUGAGACAUGACACUAACUCUAGAGGAAAGUGCUUGUUUUUCAUAAUGAUGAGAUCACUUCACCUCUGCCACAUGGUGUGUUUCAGGCUGAGAACUCUUCCAUGAGAAGUCACGUCAGGCCUUCUCCAAUGUAUCCUGUAAUCAUAAAGCACGAGUUGUUAACAGCAGCCAGAGCAUUAAUCAUACCUUGAGUGCAAACACACCAAAGGAGGUCGUCUUGAUUUGUUACUCACGUAAUUAAAAUGUUUUAUUUAUUAAAUCUA